AUGCUGGGGUGGUGGGACACAUUUCCCUUGAAAGAAGGAAAGUCGGCCGAUGAGGAGCAAGAGCACCUCGUCGAAGACAAGAAGGAAGAGGGUAGUAGUCGGGGGGAGAUAUUGAAUUUGGUGAAAGCGACGACCAAGGAGGUCUUUGUGCAGGAAUCAGAGGAGAUUCAAGAGGAAAUUCUGACAGAGGUGAAAAAUCAGCCUGACGUCAAACCUACUGUCAAUGAGGAAAAGACCCCCAAGAUGUUUGCCGCUGCCCUCAAAUCAGCGCCAGGUCAAAUCAAGGAGUUCUUGAAUAUCGUUGCAGAGGCAACCGGCUGUGCCCUGCUUUGUAUUCUGGGAGGUCCGGAUCCUUGGGAAGGCAGUAAAGCUUUCCUGAAAUUCAGGGAAACCUACCUUCAACCGUUUACAUGUUUUGUCAGACAGGCUUAUCCCCCCGAAGUCCGCAUGGCAAGAGCUCUGACAGACUUCACACCACCAGCAGAAGUCCCCGCAGGUGUCGAAAAGAGAGAUGCGUCGGUCAAUGUGGAUGAAGAUGUUACACCCAGGGAUGGGGAGACGGAGAUUACAGAUGGUUUGGAUAAAGACAUCACAGCCGGGAGCAGGAAAGAGCCAGAAGAACUAGGGCCGAGUGGAACCGAAUUGGCUGAUGAGGUGGGUGGCAGGUUACGUGACAAAGAUGAGCCUCGUGGGGAAGAAGUCGACCCGCCAACCACAAACACGAUGCCAGAGUCCCAACCAGAGCACGAGCACGACAGGGAACCUAACCAGUCGGCCCCCAACCCCUCCAUUUGCUCAAGUCCGGCCCAACCUCAGUCUCCUCAGGCUAACUGGGUCAAUGAUGUCGAACAGCCUACUCAGGAGUCACAACCUGAUUCGACUUCUACCGCUGCUAACACCGAACCGAUCAACGGUGAUGUGCUCGGUAACGUGGCACUCUGGGCCAAAUACUGGGUCUCACAAGCAGUCUACACUUGA